UAUGCAUUUGGCUCUGCGGGGAAUAUAGCCAUUGGUGUUCCUCCUGGUGUUUCCUUAGAAUAUGAGGUCGAAUUGAGAAACUUUGAAAAGGCUAAGGAGUCUUGGGAGAUGGAUCAGGAAGAGAAAAUUGAACAGGCCAAGGCAUGCAAAGAUCGAGGAACCACUUUCUUCAAAGAAGAGAAAUAUCGACUAGCAGUAAAACAAUACAAAAAAAUAAUUGACCUUUUGCAGUAUGAUAAUGGUUUGGAUGAUGAAAAAAAAGCUGAAAGUCAUAUGCUUUUACUUGCUGGGUAUUUGAAUCUUGCAAUGGCAUAUUUGAAGCUUAAACGACAAUCCUCGUGCACGAGAACAUUCUACUAAGGCCCUUGAGAUGGAUAACAAAAAUGUCAAGCUUACUUUAGA